CCACGCACCCUGUGAGCCGCAGCUCCCCAUUGGGCGAUGCGUAGGUGGGCGGGGCCAGUUCGAACGGGUGGCGGCGCCAUGGUGAACCCGGUGAGGGAUCGGGAUCGGGGCCGGGGCACAGCCGAGGGUCCUGGCCCCCAGGUGAGCCCCUCGCUCUCCCCGCAGCCCAGCGCGGCGCCCGCCGACGGCUUCGCCUCCUCAGACGACGAGGCCGCCGAGGAGGACCCGAGCCCGCUCCACAUCUCCUGGUUGUCUUUGUCUCCUCUCUACUCUUCCAAGUUCCUGGGAUUAUGCUCCCUUCCAGGUUGCAGGUUUAAGGAUGUCAGGAGGAAUCUUCAGAAGGAUGUAGGAGAACUGAAGAACUGUGGGAUCCAGGACGUAUUUGUGCUCUGUACCAGAGGAGAGCUCUUAAAAUACCGAGUGCCAAACCUGAUAGACACCUACCAACAGCACGGGAUGUGCGUGCACCACCAUCCCAUUCCUGACGGGAACGCUCCUGACAUCGCCACGUGCUGCGAAAUCCUGGAAGAGCUCAGAAGCUGCCUGGAAAAUAACCGGAAAACAAUGAUACACUGUUACGGUGGCCUUGGGCGCUCCUGUCUCGUGGCUGCCUGUCUCCUGCUCCAGCUCUCGGACACACUGGCACCUCAGCAGGUGAUAGAGAGCCUCAGGAACCUGAGGGGAUCCAGGGCCAUACAGACCAUCAAGUACAAUUUCCUCCAUGAUUUCCGGGAGAACCUGGCUGCACACCUGGCAACGACGGACACGGUGCCGAGAUCGGCAUCGCGGUAGCUGGCACUGCCCUGGGCAUCUCUGUCUGUGGAACACACGUGGAUGAGACCCCUCUCCCCUGACCUUGACUUCCUCACUGCUCCUGCCUGGGGGACACAGCUGCUCCCUCCCAAAUCCGGCUGUGAAACUCCGGGGUGGGGAUGGAGAUCCCACAGGAUGUGCAGCAUCUGCCCCUCCUUGGUGACUUUAAUACUCACUGCCUUAAAAAUACA